AUGGCUGACGAUGAACGCGCAGCAAAGGCAGCUAGAGCGAAGGCCUUGCUAAAGAAACGCCAGCAAAAGAAGGCUGCGGACUCUGCAGUUACCGUCUCGAGCUCAGGUGUUGCGUCGCCUGUUAGUCCUCCCAGGACGUUCUCGCCUGCUCCGUCAGAACCGGUUAAGCAGGAGGAACGAGAUCUCAAUGAAGUGUUCUCGAAGGAUGGCUCAGACUCUGAAUGGUUAACUUCAUUACCGCGGGUUGCUUCACCUCCAGUACCUCCGCCAGCUAGCACAAACGUCCAUCAACUUUCGCGGAGUCCUCUGGCUUCAUCUCCAUCUCCAGCGGCGGCAUCUACUCCACCAAUACAAUCAGCGUCCCCUGUCUCGUCUUCUCUGUCCGAUGCCAGGGCCAAUGCCCUGGAAAAGAAGGUCGAGGCUCUCACGAAAGAGAAUGAAAGCCUUACCGCAGCAGUUUCCCGCUUGAAGGAGCUUGAAGCAGCUGCGCAACAGGCUGAAGCCUCCCUUGAGGCUGAACGGCGACACGUGGAAGAACUCCAGGAGGACCAUCGGAGGUUACAAGAAGACACGGAAAUAGCGUUGGAGAACGAACGUCGGACUGUGUCCAUACUUGUGUCGGAGAAAGCACACCUUACCUCCGAGGUGCAGAAACUAGAAGGGUUCGAGUCCAAGGCGCAGACGCUAGAGGACUUGUUAGAGACAGAACGCGCCAAAUCUCACAACUUGAGCGAGCAGUCUAUUAGAUUGCAGACGGAAGUGAAGCAACUUUCUCAACGGACAGAACAACUUGCUGUGAAGGAGAAGGAACUGCUGUCGCAGAAUAAGGAGCAGGAACGGCAACUCCAAAUAAUCACUGCCACAGCAAUAGAAUCACGCAAAGAAGCAGACGAACUCCAACGCAAGCUUCGAGAGCUUGAAGAGCAAAUUCAAAGUGAUGAUCGAGUUGAGAGAUUAGAACUAUCUCUGAAAAACACUCAAGACCGUGCCGAUGAGCUCGAAUUCCAAUUAACAAAGAUUAAGCAGGCACAUGCAUUACUAAAGACCGAACGUGAUGGACUCGACUCCAAGGUCCAAGAACUUGUAGCAAAGGAAUUGGACUGGUCCUCGAAGACUUCCGCGCUCGAUGCUCAGGUUGCCACACUUCAAGAACACUUAUCUACCACAGAAAAAGAGCGGAACGAGCUUCUCAGCGAGAGGUCGAGAUUAGAACAAACGUCACAAUCAACUGCAGGUUCCGUCAAGGAUUUAGAAGAUAAGCUAGCGCUAGCAGCUACUGCUAUUGCCAAUAGCACAAGACAGCUCCAGACGGCGCAGAACGACUUGAAGAAUGCCAUUCGUCGAGCAGAGGACGCAGAAAGGACACAAAAGAGCCUCCAAGCUGAGGGCACAAAUCUCAUGCGGUCCUUGGACGAAAUGCGCCCCAAGAUCGUCGAGCUGACUACUGCGAAGCUCGACCUGAGCGAGAAGGCGGAGAGCCUGGAACACGCUGUUCGAAACCGCGACGCGACGAUCUCACAGCUCGAAAACGACCUCGGCGAGGCGCGGAGCGAGCUUGAGGAGGCGGAACAGGUGUGGAAGGAGCGCCUUGCGCAGCAGGAGAAGCGGUUUACGGACAGCCAGAAUGGGCAUUCCGACAUGCAGAAGGCGUAUGGAGACCUACAAGAGGAACUGGAAACUGCGCUGGCGAGCCUGAGAAACCUUGAGGGUCAGCGGACAGGCCAGCAUCAGGAGACCGCCAGGAGGCUUGAGGAGAUCGAACGCUUGACGAACCUCUCGCAGACGCAAGGAGAGGAGCUGGUCACUCUGCAACGCGAACUGGAGGCAAGGAGGAAUGCACAGGACGAAGAGCAAGACUUCCUCGAACGGGCCCAAAACGAAAUCGAAGCCCUCCGGAGCGAGCUCAGUACGCGGGACGAAGAGAUCGAGCAGCUGCGCGAGACCGUCGCCUCCUACACCUCCACCGCCAACUCGCCCGCGGACGGCGCUGGCCCUGGGGCGCGGUCACUCGACGACGAGCUGCUCAGCUCCCUUCGCCAACAACACGCCCUAGAGCUCUCCGCUGCGACGUCCCAGAUCCGCGCCCUCGAGGACACGGUGUUCGAGAAGGACAGCGCGGUGCAUGGGCUGCAGAAGCAGUUGGCUGCGCUCGAGGAGCAGCUGGCCCAUUUCAGGGCGAACGGGGGCGCCUCGCGGCUCGGGCUUGUACAUGGCCACGGGGGCGUGCCCUCCCGGCCCUCAAGCGCGCUCGCGAACGAGGUCCGGCGGUCGUCCUUCGGCUCGCACAGGUCAACAGGCGGCGUCGUGGCCCCGAGCCUGCCAGGCCCACUCGCCCGUUCGGUGUUCGAGCAGAACAUGGACCCCGAGACGCUGCACAAGCGCAAAGUCAGCCUGAGCAUGCUGAAAGCACGGAUCGACAGCGAGGUCAAGUUCAAGGCGGCGAAUGCGAGUGGGUCGAACCCGCCGUCGAGAGCGUUGUCGCCUGUGCAUUCCGAGGGCAGCGUGGGAGGUGGAGGGUCGGGUCGAUCGUCGGUUGCUGGGCACCGUCACAGUCAUAGUCAUAGUCAUGGCCAGCACUCUCAUGUGCAGAGCCAGAAGCAAGUCCAUCGCUCGCAGUUCCUCGACGAGUCGCAUGUGUUCUGGUGUCAUUCGUGUCAGGGCGACCUCGUCAUUUUGUAG